AUGGCCGUUUCGCUGCGGCACACGAAUGGCACCACGCUCGCCGCGGGCGCCGGCGACGACGACGAGGCGUGUCCCGUGUGCAAGACGACGCGGUACUUCAACAAGGACAUGGAGUUCCUCAUCCACCCCGAGUGCUACCACAGGAUGUGCAAGACGUGCGUGGACCGCAUCUUCAAGGACGGCCCGAACCAGUGCCCCUACGCGGGUUGCCACAAGACGCUCCGCCCGCGCGGCUUCAAGACGGCCUACUUCGCCGACCUGGCCGUCGAGCGCGACGUUGACAUCCGACGGCGCGUCGCUGCCGUCUUCAACAAGGUCGAGGACGACUUCGAGUCGCUCGAGAGCUACAACGACUACCUCGAGGAGCGCAACCGCCGCCUUGCCCGCGAGACCGACGACGCGCGCCACCGCCGCCUCGCCGCCGAGCAGGACGCCGCCCGCGAGCGCAGGUUACAGGACCUCCGCGACGACGCCGACGAGCGCGCCAGCGCCGCGCGCUUCCGCGAGGAGAUGCUCGACUCGCUGCAAAACGCCGACGUCGGCCGCGCCGCCGAGGCCGUCCACAAGAUCGUCCUCAAGAAGCGCGGCCAGCAGCAGCAGCAGCAUGCGGGCCGCGCGCUGAUGGACGGCGGCGGCGGGCUGUCGAUCCGCGGCCUGCGCGACAAGAAGGCGGCGGCGGCCGACGCCGCGGCGGAGAGCAGGAAGCCGUACGACCCGUUCGGCGGGCUGGACCUGGCACCGCGGCGCGUGGACCUGGCGCCGGCGCGGCUGGGCCAGUACGGCAGCGAGUGGCUCGACGACGCCCGCUCCAAGCACGAGUUCACGGUCGGCGGCUACAGCGCCGACGAGUACCUGACGCGCGCGCUCUUCGAGGCCUUCUCCGGCCUGGGCGUGUUCGUGGACGAGGAAAAGGAUAGGUAG